AUGGAAUGGAAUCUGCCAUUAAACGCGAGGUCGCCAAAACAUAGAAAUUGGUUCUUCAGCAUCCAAAACACCACAGCUCAUCACCCAGCGCCGCACCUCCGCCGCAACUCAUCCGCCCAAGACUGCACCAUUCAUCCCGUCUGCACCCGUUUCUGCCCUUCAUCAUGGGAUCAUUCGAUCCCCGACUACGAGUGUACGGUCAAGAGGCAGUACUGUAAUUUGGCAAGGAGGUUGGAGCUGGCUGACUCCCUCUCUCUAGCUAUGAAAUCUCCCCUCUCUCCCGCCGUCUUUCUUCCAAAAUUCCGACAGCCACGAUCUUCUCGUCUUCCAUUCGUACGACAUCUUCCUAUCUUCUUGCGUUGGAUUCCUCUCUUGGAAUGGAAGCCAUGGAAGAAGGAGAAGAAGGAGCUGCUGCUCCAUUUUGGUGAUCAGGGCGUAUGUUUCAAAGCAUGGCUGAUAGGAUUUCUGAUGGAUAUAUUCGGAGCUUUGUUAAUGUUGAGAGCAUUGUCUUUAGCUCCUGUGUCUGUCAUACAACCGGUUUCCGGGUGUGGACUUGCGAUUCUUUCAAUCUUUUCCCAUUUUUAUCUGAAGGAAAUGAUGAAUGAUGUUGACUGGAUGGGGAUUACAUUAGCAGGCAUUGGCACUAUAGGGGUUGGUGCCGGAGGUGAGGAGCAAAAGGCUUCCAUAAUAUCGGUGUUUGAUCUACCAUGGUUGGCAAUUGUAGUCGCCUUCUUGUUUGUCCUCCUUAAUGGGUGGCUACGCAUCUACAGACGUCAACGCAAAGAACAGGAGUUGAUGGAAUAUGAAGUUGUUGAAGAAAUUAUAUAUGGCUUGGAAUCUGGCAUUUUGUUCGGGAUGGCAUCUGUGAUAACAAAGAUGGGAUUUGUGUUCUUGGAGCAGGGUUUCCACAGCAUGCUGGUCCCGAUAUGCGUGAUAAUCAGCAUAUGUUGUAGUGGUACAGGGUUUUAUUACCAGGAAUGUUAAGCACUUUACCAAGUUCCUAGUUUCAUAUCCAUGUGCUCACGUAAAUUGAAUGUCGGUCCCAUGAAAUAAAUUUAUAGUCCCAUUGACUAUAUCAAAUUGUAAUCAAGCAAUACCAUUCUUGCAUGGUUAGAAGA